UUUUUUCUCCCAUUAUUAUUCUUCCACAAUGACUUUUUCUUGUAAGUUUAUUCUCUUUAUGCCUAUUCUUCUAAUUUUUAUUUUCCAAAAUAUAGUUCAAGGUCGAACAUUAUUAUUAAACAAUAAUAAUAAUAAUAGUUAUAAAAAGUUUCAAAGGCCAUUGAACAAUUCAAUUUCAGCUAUUUUUGUGUUCGGAGAUUCUACGGUUGAUUCCGGCAACAACAACUACAUAAAUACGGUCGUAAAAUGUGAUUUUCCGCCAUACGGACGCGAUUUCGCGAACCACAUUCCCACCGGAAGGUUCACCAAUGGACGUCUCGUUACGGAUUACUUAGCUUCGUACGUGGGAAUCAAAGAUUUUGUGCCACCCUAUUUGGACCCAAGUCUUAGCUUGGACGAAAUCAUGACCGGAGUUAGUUUCGCCUCCGGUAGCUCUGGCUUUGAUCCUCUCACAGCUCAAUUAGUGGAUGCAAUUACAAUGGAAAAGCAGCUGGAAUAUUUUAAAGAAUACAAAAAGAGACUUGAAAAUUCAAUUGGAAAAGAAAAGACAAAAUUGCUAAUAAGCAAAGCAGCAUUUAUCAUAAGUGCAGGGACAAAUGACUUUGCUGUGAACUAUUUUAACACCCCAUUUAGAAGACAAAAAUAUUAUAAUGUCUCUCAAUACCAACAAUUCUUGUUGCACAUGGUCCAACAAUUUAUCCAAGGUUUGAUGAACGAGGGAGCUCAAGUGAUCGGUGUCGCCGGAGUUCCGCCGUUCGGAUGUUUGCCGAUAGUCAUCACGAUAGAUUCCGGCGAUGCACUUCAACCCCGCCGAUGUAUUGAAUCGUUCUCUAUCGUUGCAAGAGAGUACAACUCACUUCUUCAACGUUUACUAAAGACUAUGGAAAUUCAUGGCACAAAAUUAUUCUACGUCGAUAUCUACAAUCCAAUAAAUGACAUGAUACAACACCCAAUUAAAUAUGGAUUUACAGAAGUUACCGUGGGGUGUUGUGGAAGUGGAUUUAUUGAAACUUCAAUUCUUUGCAAUCCAAAAUCAAUUGUAUGCAAUAAUCCUUCAAAUCAUAUGUUUUGGGAUGCUGUCCACCCAAGUCAAGCUACUUAUUACAGUCUGUUUCAAGCAGUACGUCCUUCUAUUGAUGUUGCUAUCAAGCAAUUAUAAACAUUUGGUGAAUGAAAAAACUAUACAAAAUUGUUCUAGGUUUUGAUGAUUAGGGUGGAUGUAUUCGGUGGUGGAGUCAGAAAUUUAAAUGAAAAGAUUUAUGUUUAGAAAAAUGUAUUAUGUAAAG